AUGUUGCAGAAUCUCGGAUCCUUUUUGAUCUUACCCGUGACUGGGCCAACCCAGGCAGAGGCAAUGUGCUUUUUCAACGAUAUUUCGAUCAAGCAUCUGAAUGGAUACCGCCCUUGCGAACCAUGGCGGAACACUCUCAUGUUCUUCUCUCAAACAGUGCCAUCAGCGCGGCAUGCUGCCAUAGCUCUAGCCCUGAUUCACCGAAACUACCUGGAGUGUCAUUCUAAUGGUCAGGUGUAUCAACCGCCCGCCUUAAAGGACCGGCUACCGGAUAAGGCUCCUUUGCUGCACUAUAACCGCGCCAUUCAACUUCUGCUCAACCCCGAAAGUGAUGACAGCGCCGAAAUAACAGCUGUCACGCUUUUGGUCUGUUAUCUCUUUACCUGCUUUGAUCAUCUGGCGGGCGACGACGUACAAGCAAUGAAACACCUGCGCGGAGGUGUGGCGCUCGCACGCAACACAACAUUGAACUGCUGUACCUACGGCGACGCCCAAUCCUCGGGCGUUCAUACGACUAUCUGCCAGGUGACACAGCAGAUUCGCCGUCUUGACAUGCAGGCCGCCAUGUUUCUGGUCGACUGGACUCCAGCCAACAUUCAAGAGACAUCACUCUCCGACAGUACAUUUUGGUCACUCGACCAAGCUGCCGACCACCUCCAGGUGCUCGUCGCUCAGGUAAUGAGGCUGCGCAACACAGAGCAACAAAUAUCCCCGACGGGUACGAUGUCUCCGUUACCGUCUUCACCCAAAGACAUUGUUCUUGCGCAGUUGGGAACGUGGUCGAGACUCUUCGAAAACCUCCUGCAACAAGGCAGCCCCAGUGAGUCAGAUGUUGCAACUCACCUUCUCGUAUCGCUCCUGCGCUUACAACAUACUAUCGCGUGGACUCUCCUCCGUGGUUAUGGACCUGGCAGAGAAAUGGACUAUGACAAUUUCCUGCCCCAGUUCCAGCAAUGCGUCGCAUUGGCGGGCGAAGUAGCGGCGGCGCAUCAGCGGUAUUCGGGGUCAAGGCCGACUUUUACGCCAGAGAUCGGAUUUAUCCCCGUUCUUUACAUAAUUGGGGUGAAGUGCCGACAUCCUACGGUGCGUCGUGAGGUCUUGACUAUUUUGCGACGGCAGCCAAUACGGGAGGCGAGUUGGGACAGCAUCUCUACUGCCGGGGUGGUUGAGCGGGUUAUCGAAAUUGAAGAUGGUGCAGCUGGGGAACAGCAAAUGGUACCGUAUAUGGAACAAAUCCCCGUAUGGCGGAGGAUCGAAGCAUUGUCUUAUAUACAUAUCCCAUGUGGACAGUCUGCGGACAGGGUGGAUAUUACGUAUACAUUCUGCGGUCAGGAGGGAAUACACGUUGAGUCGCUCAUGAUAGAACGGACAGAGCGUUAUAUCAUGUCAAAUAAUUGA